GAACAGAGUAGUGGAAAAGCAAUAGCAGUGUUUGCAAAAACACAAAUCGCCAAUUACGAUCGUAUGUGUGCAAGCAACAACAACAAAAUCAUUAGCAGAGCGAAGUGUAUCUGCGUGUUUAAUGGCAGCUGUUAAAUUUGCUUUAAUACGAAAGUGAAAUAAAUUAAAAAUAUAUAUUUUAAAAAUUGUGUGUUAAAACAAAUUUCUUACAACAACAACAGCAAUCACCGUUUUAUUUAUAAUUUUGGAGCAAAUUUCCAUACAACAUGGCGUUUUGCAUUAACAACAUCUAACGGAUAAGCACCAAAGUUUAUCCAUAAAAAUGCCUAAUAAAAAACCAGUCAUCGUUUUUUGAGGUUGAAAGGUCUUUGAAGGUCUUGACAGCAACCGUCGACGGCGGAUCGAAAGCGAAAGCGAGAAAAACGUCUUAGCAGAAGUGCUGAAGUGCAGCAAUAAUAACUUUCUAUUAUUUGCUGCAAUCAGUACGAAAUAAAAUAACCGUUAACUAGCAACACCUCUAACACAUCUUUGUUAAACCAAAUCAGCCAAAAUGAUACCAACCACAGUCAGCAGUUCCCCAUCCACCACUACCGUUAGCGGUAUUACCGUUAAUAACCACAGUACAAGCAACAAUGGUCAGCUGAACUCGUCGACGCCAACGUCUGGCUCUUCAAUAUCGACCUCCACCACUUCGCCACCCUCCGCACAAACGCCCUCGAUCAUGUUGGGACUAGCCUCUUUAAUACUGGAGGGACGCGCCGUCGCCGAUGAUGAAUAUCAACCACAAAUGAUGCGUAACAUAGCCGCUGGCAAUGAUGCUAGCGGUCUAAGUGGUAAUGGGAGUGGUGUUGGAGCAGGCAGUACUGUUGGAGGCUUACACAAUUACAUCGCCAGCACUUCGUAUGGGGUUAGUGGGAGUGGGAGUGGGAAUGGGAAUGGGAGUGGAAGUGGUGCUGUCGGUGGUGGGCGUCAAUCGCCAACCUGUCGACCGUCAACAUCUCGUGCAGCCGCCAGUUUUGGUGGUAAUGUGGGAAGUGGACUUGUAAUCAACAUAACAACGAAUCCGUAUGCCUUUAAUAACAGUAGCGUGAGUGGUGCGCAUGCACGGGACUCUUCGCCCCUCUACAUCGAUCCAUACAGCAACAGCAGCUCGGGCUCUGCAUCCUCAUCGGCCGAGAGUACACACCAACGUUGGACACAGAAAUUGUGCCAAUUACGGCAAGUAUCGCCAGCCUCAAACCUCAGCACAACAUACGAGCAGCCCGUGGCAGUGGAGGCUCGGGAACCAGAAAUAGUUGCGCUUGCUAUCAAUGAAUCUGGUGCUACUGAUCGUGGUGACUUCGAGAUUGUACGACGUACUUUACUCAAUCGGGCAAACUUAAAUGCAAUGAGCAGUACGAUGUCGACGACAGCAGCAGCAGUGAGUAGCAGUACUGGUGCGGGCAGCGCAGGCUCAUCACCUGGGUCAGGCUCUGGCUCAGAAAACUUUUUGUUCUCACUGCAAUCAUUGGCGACGACAUGUCUACGCAGCGGCAGCCCCUCAAUAGAACCUAGUCUGAGUGGUAUGGGUGCAACCGCUACUGGCACAUCCAGUAGCUAUCGUUUUGGGGCGAUUUCGGCGUUAUCCUCUCCACCGCCACUUCAUUCGAUGUACAUGUACCGGGCCAACACACCGACAGCCUCAACGACAGCGCAACGCUUCCUUGAGCAACCUGGUUCUGGUAGCAGUUGUGGCAGUGGUGUACAGUCACCACGACCACAUUGGUCACCGGCAGUAGAUAACAAUAGCAAAUUGCAUACAAGAGAAAGAUAUAUGCGACAUUCGGCAAACACUGGUGGGAGUCGGGGAUUAGGACGCCUGCCAUUACCAGGCACAGCAGUCAAUACAACAAUAGCGGCGACGGCAACAGCUACUGCAACAACAAUAAAUAACACAACGAAAGUGGCGGUUGCAGCGGCGACGGCUGCGGCAACAACAGCGUCCAAGUACCCACAACAGGGACCGCACUGUGAUCAGUUCCUCAAGAAGAUGGGCCUAGCAAAGGGAGAGGCCGCUGAAGCUGAGGACCAUUUCUGUGAUAUGUCUUACGUCAACAUAACUUGCUCCCGUUGGCGAGCGUACUGCCAUAAAAUGGAGGCGAUAAUCGGGCGUGGCGAACCGGUUUGCAUAGAGGUUUACUUGGGACCGGUGAACCAUAAAAUUCUACUCGAGCAAUGGAUUAUAACCCAAAGAGAAAAAGUUCCACCGCCCACCAUGAUGCUGCCGUCACUCUGCAGUGCAAUACGCAGCCAAUUGUAUUUUUCUCAAAUCAGUGCCUGGUGUGAUCUGAUUAAGAAAUCGGAUAAAACCAUUUACGAUACCGGACGUAUUAUCUUUCCCACGCCCACAGGCGCUGCCGGCGAUCUAGCUACACCAGUGGGCAGUGCCGGUGGUGCAGGUAUCAGCAGCAGCAUCAACAUCACACCGGGCACAUCGCCAAAUUCGCAUACGCUUAAUCAGCUCAACAAUGCGCUGCAAGCGAAUCGACGACCACGCCUCAAUAUAUUCUACCGCAUUAAGUCAUUUGACUCCACUGCCUGCUUUAAUUCAAAACCAAACGUACAUAAUUUUCCGAAUGUCAACAUUUCGGAGAAUUGUAGCAUUUCGGUUUGUCUCAAAAGUCUUCCACGCAUCAACGGCGGCAUACCGAAAAUCGGUACAGUAAUGUUAUCCAGUCCUGGAACAACAGCAACAGCGACAGUAACCACAACGACAACGACAACAACAAUGGCGGCAACAACAUCCAAAGAAAUAGCAAAUAAAAUCAAAACAACAAAUGUAGCUACGCCAACAGCAACAGCAACAUCAACAACGCUAGCAUGGCCCGGUACGUCGUCGCCUUUGGCAGCUAGUUCGGGAACAUCACAUUCGCCGGCAACGUCCAAAGGUUGUACCAAUAGCAGCGGUCCAGCCGCAUUUCGCAAUGGCAAUAGCUAUCUCAAGUCGGAGGAUACGCCACGCAGCAGUCGUUCGAGCAGAUGUGUGGUUGGGGCUACAGCCGCACCGCCUAAUGUUGCAGCGGUCUCAAAUUCUGCUUCGAUUUCUGCAACCAGUGGCACUUCCCAAUUACGUGUGUUCAUAAACAGUCCCACUGUUAGCAAUACGUUGCUCACAGCCGCUAGCUCCACCACUUCGACCUCCGCGACGUCUUCAACUUGCAGCUCUGCCACUUCAAAUGCCUCUAGGGCAUCUGUAUCGAAUAGCAGUAGUGGCGUUGGAGGCAUUGUCAGUGGCAGCUCUAACAGGAACAGUACUGGCGACUGCGGCAGCAGUAAGCAUGGCAAUCGCACCAGCUGCACGCCAAGGUACAAAUGUAUAUUUUUUAUAGACGAAGAAGAGCUGCAGGCUGCCGAUGAGGCGGACGGUGAAGUUUUUGGUGAAGAAUACGAUAAUCAAAGUGAUGCGGCAAAUAGCACGGGAGAUAGCAUAACCAGCACAAGUGCUUUCAGUUCGGUCGCUAAUAUGUCACACCGUGAAAAGCAACUGAUGAAGUACCGCAAGCGCAUGUUAAAACGCGAUAAAAAGCAUCAACACCACCAGCGCAAGCCAUUUUCAGCGGCAUCGGAGCCGCCGUGUGAACAGCACGCGACAGUUGUUCCAGAGCGUAGACAGCAAGAAUGUAAGGCGGUAAAUGGCUGUCAACCAAUGGAGGAAGGCGAUGAGGAUGUUCCAGUGUGUUGCACCGCCACGUUGGCGACGUUGCAUGCACCCACCAGCACACACAUUGAAAUGAUCUCAACGGGCACGCAGACACCACUAAGCUGCUGCCGGCAAUGCGGAUGCGAAAAGACGCUAGUCUGUCUACGUUGCACAGCUGCCGGCAACCGCCGAGAGCAGGCCAUAGAUGAUCCCACCGAACAGGAUGUCGACGAUAUGGACGACUCGACGGCAUCGAGCAUCAGCAGCAGCGAGAUUAUACACACGCCACGCAAUAAGGCUGAAUUGUUGCUGCAAGCCAUACAACGCACGCCCAAAGUAGCAGCAGCUAAACACAAGAAAGAACAGCCACGUCAGCCGUGUGGAGCCAAAUCACAAAACGAUAAUCACUUGAACGGUGUGCCAUUGGCGAAUUGUAAUGCAGAUCUCGCGACAGCUGUUGGUUUGUCUGAUCAUAGCAGCGCUGGGGACUUAAAUGGGAGUACUGGUUCGGGUUGUCAAGUUUGCAAACGUCAAAAGACGCAACAUAAUUUUGGCAACAGCAAUACCAAUAGCGCAGAAGUACCUGCCGUAACUGGUGUACACUUGGCUGAUGAAGGCGACGGCGAAGACGACAUUGACGAUGGUACAGAUGAUGAUGGUGGGAAGAGGUAUGGGGAUAUUGCAUUCGCAGCGGAAGACGCCGAAAAAUCAGAUGCAAAUCAAUUGUUUGUUGUUGCCGAAGAAGAACUACCAGCAACGCCACUGUCCGUGCUACCUUUACGCACGGACGUAAUGGAAGAGGAAUCAUUUUCUUCAUCCACUAAAUUGACACCGCAAAUCGAUCGCUGCACACUUUCCAACUCGAGCGAACGCGCCGGCGGUGAUCAGAGAGUUAGUGGCUGCAGACGCACCGAAAAUCGUACACCGCCUAACAUCACCACCCUCAUGGAGGGUGAGUACUUCGAUGAAUCACAAUUCAAAACACCCACCAGUGUAGCCAGCGGUAUUAAGUAUGAAAGUCUACAGCAGCAGGGCGCACAAAAGGCAUUCCAGCACAAGCAAACACCGAAGCCCAAUUUGUUGCAAUUGCACUGCAGUUAUCUUGGGCACGCCGAUGACAACAUCAUGCAGACAGCUCUUGCUGCUGGCGAUGGUUUUGGCGUAUGUUAUAACAACAACGAGUUGCCCAUAAAGCUGCCUUGCUCAACGACCACCAUCCAGGCACAAAACCAUCCUCAACAUGGCGGUCAUAACGCGUUGCUGUUGCGCAAGGGUCUACCCAAAGUGAACCUCACACCCAUCUUUUGCAAUCCAGUGCCCGCUUCUACAAGCACCACCCUAUCGAGCAGUCACUCUUCGCCGAUACCCAUUCAUGGUGCUUCUCAUGAUAACACAUUUUCCUUUGAAUCGACAUCGGUCAAUUGCAGCGGCAAUCAACUACAGCUGCACAAUCAACUUAUUCAUUCCAGCAGCGGCAAUGUUUACGGUUCUCCACUCACCACCGAAAUCAAUAAUAUACCUGUGCAAAAGUCAUUUUCGGCACCAACGCUGCCCAAUUCGCCAUCCCUAUCGCCACGUUUUGCCAAGCAGGCGGCAAUCUAUAAGCGUCGCUCACGCCAUUUAUCCGAUCGAUCCGAUCGUUCGUCACUCGGUUCAGAUGAACAAUUAUCCGAUGAGGAUUUAGAAAGUGGUAGUAUGUAUAGUCCAGUCACAUCACCGUUGAAGCAAUGUGCGCGCGUGGCAGCAGCUUUUGGGCGGAAGCCGUUGCUAGGUAAUCUCGAAGAGUCGCUGUUGCAGAAGCGUUUGAUGCCCAAGGUGGAAGUAAUGGGUUUCAAAGUACUACUAGGCGCAUCUGGCGGAUUUUGUCCCACUCAGCUAACUAUACCGGCAGGCGCAUACUUUUACGAAUUGCGGGGCGAGUCGCUGAGUACGCCAUAUGUGUGUGAAAUACGUCUACCACGCAAGGGCUAUUCGGUGCCACGUGUCGGCACUGUGCAAGCAACUCUGCUAAAUCCUGUGGGCACUGUGGUGCGUAUGUUCGUCAUACCGUACGAUAUGCGCGACAUGCCGCCAUUACAUCAAACCUUUAUAAGGCAACGUAUACUGGCCGAGGCCAGUACCAAUGAAGCGGCCACGCAGAAUGUGCGGCAGACCAAUUAUAAUGUGAAGCAGCAAAUCGAUAGUAACGGCAUGGCCUACACUAAUGGCUUUGGCAGCGGUGGUGAUGGAGUUGGAACUCUAAACGUAGACAAUAGCAACAGUGAUUGUUAUCAAAACAACAAUAACAACAAAUCUAAUAAUGAUAAUACCACUAACAAUACCAAAAACAAAUAUCGUCUAUCACCUAGUGGUGGCCUGCAUGGCGAAAGUAAUCUCGGACACUUCAUAUCCGCUGAGCAUAUGAAACGCCUCCGUUAUUCCAUACAUUUGAGAUUCCAAACGUCACGCUCGGGUCGUCUAUCGCUGCACACCGAUAUACGCUUGUUGAUCUCACGCCGCACCGAUUGUGAUACGGCAGCGGCACAUGCCAAGGGCGUUCUAGAGGCGCCCAAUGAUCUCGUCACCGACACCGUUAUGCCGACAAAUCCCAAAUAUAGCGCACGUCAAGACCAAAGUAACGGCGGCAGUUCUGCGGGUAGUAGUAGUAGUACAAAUGUCAUUGCCGCUGCAGCUGCCGCAAAAUAUAGUACAAGUACAACAACAACAACAGGAACGGCAACAACAACAACUAACAACAGUAACGGUAGCGGGAGCAGUAAAAUUUAGUAGUUGGUGCGGGCAGUGCGCACACAAACACAUCAUUAUUUUUUGCUAUUUUGGAAGCAGUUGCGUUUACGUUUGCAACACUGGCACUGCAGUUAUAAUUAAGCAACGAAGAGGUAUCGUAGAGGAGCAGCAGCAGAGGGUGGAGAGCGAGCAGAGACUAAUCAAACAAAACAAAAACAAAAAACACAAAAGCAAGCAAAAACAAUCGGCAACAGCAAACUGUUGGGUUGGAGUGUAGUCAAUUUAUGUAGUGUCAACAUGCUUUUCACCUGCAAUUGGUGUGCAAUAAUAACAACAACAAAUUUGUUUCUUUCUAUUUUUCAAUUUAAGGUAGUACUACACUACUGCGCCAACUAUUUCGAUUUCCAUAAUUUACUUUAUAUAUAUGUACAUAUAUACCCACCUCAUUUCAUUCACACACGCCUUUCCAACCAGCGAAACACUCCAAUACAAAAUGCUAAGUGUGCAGAACAUUUUGGCAUUUUGCUUAUUGGCGCCUUCAUUUCCACACACAAAUCAACACUCACUCGUACAUGCGUACAUACAUACAUGCUCAUCAACUAAAUACCUUAUGUACAAUUCGAUACAAAAAUAUUGUGUAAAUUUAUUUAUUUUAUAAAUAUUACUUAAAUAUAAUUUUUUUUAUUAAAGUAUCAUAAACAUACAUUAUACGAUAUAUUAUAUAUUUUUUAACAAUUGAAAAACAAUACAAAUUGAAAUGAAAUUUGCAAAAUUAUUGAAAAACAAAAACAAUUAAAUAUGAAAUUCUUGAAAUGAAAAUUGCUUUGGAGUGUGCGGCAUAUAGUGAAGUUUCAGUUGCAGGUGUCUUUUGAGACUUUUUCUGUCAUACGAUUUUUUUUUGUGCAGCAUGGCACGUAAAGCAUCGCAUAUUUGUAUAUGUAAGUAGGCAAAUCAAGCUGAAACUAAUAUUCAGUGGAGGUGAUGUUGAUCGGUAUAAAAGCUCAAAGUAAAAUAUCUGAAUCUGAUUGUGCAUAUAAGUACAGUGCUGAUUGACAAUUAAAUCGGUGGAUGCAAGGCUUAAGAAAAAAUGGAAUAUGUGCUACGCCUUCGCUAAUUCGCUAAUGCAAAUUUUAAUUACAUUCUAUAAUUAAUUUCGAAAAAGGCGCAUCAACUAUUAUAU